UUCCAACACUCAAUCCUGCUCCUCACGUUGUUGCAUCACACUACAAUGCCAAUUUGAAGCAUAGAUGGACAACACUCUCUUCAUAAGCUCAAGAAAAUAUGGUGCUCAUGUCGGGGUAACGCAUGAAAACGAUUCAGCAGCAAAGUCUAGUCUGUGCUGGUGCAGAAAGACGAGCUCUGAAGCAGUAAAAGCAUUUGUAGAGUUAGCCACAGCAUCGAGCAACUCUCAGAUUCUCUUUCCAUUCACAGAAAAUGGUGAUGCUGUUUCCUGACACAGCUGACAGAACCCCGAGGUUCCACACAACGAGCCAAGCAUAUGGAGAGUUUUAUCGCCACGCCAAUUGCGUGACCCCCACGUACAAUUUUCGACACUGUGCUUACGAGAGAAGAAUUCGUGAACACCAGCGCGAGCUAGACGAUGCUAAAUCAUGCUUUGACAAUAUCGAGUGGAGCAAAAGCGCUCAUGCUAUCAAAUGGCGCCACGGGCGGGGUCCCUGCUGUUUUGAACUGGUAACCGCACGACCAGCAGUCCGAUGUGAGGUGAAGCCAGUAACGCACAAGACGGAAUGUAUCCCGGUGAAACACGAGUUCCUUGAAGACCAUGUCAAUUAUUGUCACCCCCGGAUUGCACCGAAACCGAAGUUUCUCCAAAAAACGCUCUUUGGGCGAUCGUACCGGCCCAUGGAUCAGUCAAGGGCGUCAACAGAAGUCAAAUCUGAAGAAGGAUUUGACGUUGGAAACGCGAUGAAGCGGAGACUUCGACCAGUCGUAGCUGCUGAAAACGGAGAAUAUUAUCGUCCUCAACUGCCUGACAAGUUCAAAGUCAUACCCACCUCUUCACGAUACAGCUUCUACAGAUAUUACGGCCACGGUGGCAAAGGUGCCAAGUCAACCAAAGCUCAUUAUCCGCAGAAUGAAUUCCAACCCAGCCAACAAGCUUCCUCUCUCCAUGACCCACCUGCAGGAUCUUAAAAACACCUCAAUCUUAAUCUGAGAAUACCCACCUGAAAGACAAUCGACGCAUCUUGAGCUACGCGAGCGAUCUUAAAUCCACCACACUGAGCUGCUCAUGCACAGCAAAUCCAGCAACCAAACAUGCAAAUUCUGUAGAAUGUUGUAUAGAGACUACGGGUCGGCUCAGUUUGAGGAGCGAAGUAAAACGUAGGCCACGGACACAAAUUGGUUCCGACGAUCAAAUCACACUGUUGCUGGAAUCUCCACUUUGAAAGACCAGGAGCUGCCGAAGCUCAGAUCGGAGGAAGUGUGAUGCACUGUGUGGAGAAUCUGAAAGCCAAAUUCAGUUUUGGUGAACUUGAUGAUAAUUCGCACUUAUAGAAUUACCUUACUUAUAUACUGAUCUUUUCUAAAUGAAUUAUAUUUGAGAUGAACUAUGAUAUUUAGAUUAUUGGAACCAACACAAGGUAGAGUAAGUAUCCUUAAAUACGAUUUGUGAUUUUUUUUAAAGAAAUGAACAAUAUUCUUUGUGUUC